AUGGACGUCAAACAGCUCUCCACCAUUGAGUUUCCAUACUCUCUUCGUCUGAAACGGGUUAGGAGAGAGUGGGUUAUUCCUGCAAUUAACUUCCCAGAGAAUGACAAUGGUCCAUAUCCGAAAUUCAUUGUGAAGGUAAACAGAGUUUGAGUUAGUUUUCAUCAGAAUAUAUAUCUGCUGUCAUUUGGACUCCCAAAGUAGAACUGUAAUCCUGAUCCUCUCGCUUCAGAUCAAGUCAAGCAACGAGGAAAAGGUGGCGAUAACCUACAAGAUCAGUGGACCGGGUGCUAAUGAGCCUCCUGAGGGAGUUUUCACUGUUGAUCGGAGAUCUGGGGUGCUCUAUGUGACUCAGCGACUGGACAGGGAGAAGAUAGCAAACUACAGUGUAAGCUAAAAAAGAUAUAAAUAUUAUCUCUCUUUUCACAGUUAAUUCUAUAAUUAUGUCUCUCUGUUCACGCAUGUUACGUUUAAUGACAGUUUUGGGUGUGUGUUGCAGCUGUGGGCCCAUGCUCUGGUUGAGGGCACAGCAGCCGAGGAGCCCAUGGAGCUCAUCAUCAACAUCAUGGACCAGAAUGACAACCAUCCCAAAUGCACUCAGGACCAUUUUUACGGCAGUGUCAGCGAGAGCUCUGAGAUAGGUGAGACAAGCGUAAACACACAUGAACACAUGAACACAUACACUGUUAUGAAUAAAUAAACAAGCUGACAUGAACACAAACACAUGGACGGGAACACCACCCUGAAUCAUACAUGACGAGACCUUGAACCGUCUUUAACACACAACACACUCGUGCACUUUUCUAAAUUUUAAUUGUUUUAAGCUCUGAUGGUAACCUUUCACUUUUUCAUCAGAUGACAUCAUCACAAGAGUAAAAGCAGAGGAUAAAGACGACCCACGCACAAACAACGCUAUCGUUAGGUAUAAGAUCAACGCUCAGACGCCUCAAACACCUAAUAAAGACAUGUUUGCCAUAAACCCAGUGAGUGGAGUGAUCAGUCUGAAGGCAGACGGUCUGGACAGAGAGGUAAUGUGAUCAUACUCACAACACCACAUUUCCUCUCUUGAUCUUAUCAAUUUUGUUUUUGACUGUAAUUCAUUUUUCUUUGUUAGACCCACCCAGAGUACAAACUCCUCGUUCAAGCUGCUGACAUGGAGGGAGAGGGGCUCGCAACCACCUGUACUGUUAUUAUAGGCAUUACUGACAGCAAUGAUAAUGCCCCAGAGUUCACAGUCACGUCUGUGAGUUAAGCAGCAAAGCUUCAUAGAACUACUAAAAUGCAAUUUAAACCCUGCAUAACAUUUUCUUAUUUUCUUCCCCAGAUAUCUGCAUCAGUCCCUGAGAAUGAGGCCUGGGCUGAAGUAGUUCGACUACAGGCCACCGACAAAGACGAGUUAGGGUCCCCGAAUGCCAACUGUAAAUUCUCAAUUAUUAAGGGCAACGAGAGGGGAGACUUCAACAUCACCACAGGCUCCAAUAAAAUGGAGGGAAUCCUGACAACAGCCAAGGUAAGGAAACACAUGUCUGUUUUCAGACCAGAGGAGACCGAUCCCUCCAGGCUGUUGCCCCCAGGCUUUGGAAUGAUCUUCCUCUCUCUCUCUACGCUUACUUGACUCUGUUGACUCCUUUAAAAACCAACUCAAGACAUAUUGAUUUGCCCAGGCUUUUGUUUAGGUUUUUUGGGGGGCUGCCAUGAUUGUUAAUGUUUUUAUGUACAUUUUUACUGUUUGUUUAUGUGAAGCACUUUAUGACUUCUUGUCUGUGAAAGGUGCUAAAUAAAUAAAGUUUACUUUACUUUACUAUUUACUAUUAAAAAAAUGUCCAGAACAUCAUGUAUGCACUUCUUCUCUUAGGAGCUGGAUUUUGAGAGCACCCCUGUCUUCAUUCUGCUGGUGUCUGUGACAAAUGAGGCGCCAUUUGCCGGGCCGAUGUCAACCUCUACAGCCACAGUCACAGUAACAGUCCUGGACAAGAAUGAGCCCCCUGUUUUUAAUCCGGUGGAGAUCCAUGUGAGCAUCCCAGAGGAUGCAGAAGAAGGGAGUUCUGUUGCUGAUCUCAGAGCUUCAGACCCAGACACAGCCAGGAAACAGGGCGUCAGGUAGUUGUGGCAUAAACAUACUAUUAACAUGUGGGCGUUUGUAUGUACCAUGUGUGAAAUAUGAGUUGAAUUGCUCCUGCUUUCAGAUAUGAACUACUCAAUGACGCUGCAAAGUGGCUAAGGAUAAAUAGAGACACAGGAUCAGUCACAGUUCGGAGCAGCAUGGACAGAGAAUCACACUUUGUCAAAGACGACAAAUUCACUGUACUGGUUUUAUCCUAUGACAACGGUAAAUCAGCACCUCUGGUCUCAUCUCACACCACUAUUUAAGCCUUCUCUCCUCUUUGUCAGUUUUAUACCAGACUAACCCUGUUGUAUCAUUUGUAUUUUGUCUUCCCAGAUACAGUCCCAGCAACAGGUACCGGUACCAUGAUUGUAAGUCUAAUAGAUGUGAACGACCACCGUCCUGCCAUCAGGCAAAGGAAGGCCAGUCUAUGCAACAUGGACCCUUUCCCUGCCCUGCUUGAUAUCGUGGACUCGGAUGGACCAGGUCAUGCUGGACCGUUUACUGUGGAGCUGCAGGGAGAGCACAGGUUCAACUGGACUAUCAGCACCAACUCAACAAGUAAGAGAUCGCAUUAUAGAGCAGUAAACAAACCCAUUAUUUUGACCGUUAAAGAAGAGUGCAUGUUCACGGUGAGAAAAUUUAUAGAGUAAAUAUGAGGUGUGUCACUCUUCAGUCACUGGCACCUGAAAAAAGUCAUUGAAAAGACUUGAUGUUGUUUUCCAUUUUAUUAAAGCUGCAAUUGGUUAUUUUAAAGAGCACACAAGCUCAAAUGUUUAUUUUCCACCCUUGCAGGCAACGUGGCUGCCUUAGCCCCCAAACGAGAGCUGUCACCUGGGGACUACUCUGUGCUGAUGCGCAUCUAUGAUGCCGGCAUGCUCUUCCAAGACAGCACCCUGCUGGUGGAGGUGUGCCAGUGUCAAGGCGCCGUCUCUGCCUGCUUCAUUCCACGCUCUGCCCCUUAUUUGCAUAGUCCUUCUCUGGCAACAACAGUCCUUGGAGCAGUCUUUGGUCUUCUUUGUAUGUAGCAUGUUCCUUGAUAGCUGAAGUCUGUUGUUUUCUUGGUAUGGUUCUUUAGUUACUGUGAUUUAUUUGUGUUGGCUGCAGUGCUGCUCUUGUUGUUGCUGCUUUUACUGAGGAGAGAGAGGAGGUCAGAAAAAGACGUGCCUCUUCUUGAAGACAUACCCAGAGACAACAUCCUCUGCUAUAAUGAAGAAGGAGGAGGUGAAGAUGACAAGGUAGGUGAGAAACCAUGAAGCUGCAGAGUUAGACGUCUUCUGAAAGCAGAAAAUUGAAAUAUUAGUUAAAAAGUCCAGUCCAAGGUUGUUGUUGAGUUACAUCUUUGCCAUUUAUUGAUUUAAUGAAAAACAAACAAAAAAAAAAAGACAGAUACAUCAAGCUUACUAUGAUGGCGAUGUACGUGAUGAGGGUGAGAGUGGAGUCAGAGAUUAGUGGUAAAAACCGUGUGCUCUUCCCGUUCCCCAGAUCACUGCUUCACCUGUGUCCCUUUGUAGCAUUUACCUGUCCAUUCACCUGAAGUGCCCCUCGUGGUGAUUGUGCGAGUAACAAAACAAAAUCCCCAAAAUAAUAUAGAUAAAAUGGCUCAUAGAAUAUUGAAAGAUGGGCAGAUUUUGGACACAAAGAUUCUGCAGAGUAACUGAGUUAAAUUACGAACAAAUACACAAUUGUUCCUUUAACGUUCCUGUGACUGACUGACUGACUGACUGACUGACUGACUGACUGACUGACUGACUUUUCUCUGUCUGUCUUCAGGAGUAUGAUCUGAGUCAGCUCCACAGAGGACUUGAUAAUCGUCCUGAAGUCUUCAGCACUGACGUGUUUCCUACCAUCCAGAGUCUACCGAGCUACCGCCUACAACCCCAAGCCAAUGAAGAGAUUGGGAAAUUCAUUCAGGAUGUGAGUGAUGCUCAGUUUGAUAUUUUAGGACAUAAAUAUGUUUGAAACUCUCGGUCAGUUGCUGGUUAAUUGUGAUUAAAAAUUUGUGUGACUCCAUAUUUUUAAGACUGAAACACUGCAUGUCCUUGUAACAGAGUUUGAGCCUCCAGCGUUGAGUCUGUUUGAACACGGUGAACUCCAUAUAUCUGUGUUUUCUUUGCUUUCUCCACAGAACCUUAAUGCUGCAGACGGUGACACCACUGCUCCUCCGUAUGACUCUCUUCUGGUGUUCGACUACGAGGGCGUUGGCUCUGAGGCCAGCUCACUUAGCUCCAUCAACUCCUCAGACUCGGAUGAGGAGCAGGACUACCGGAGCUUGUCUCAGUGGGGACCACGUUUCGGCAGGUUGGCUGACCUGUACACAGGCAGGGUAGAGGAGGAUGAUGAUGAUACAGAAACACUGCCGGGAAAAACAGAAUGGGUUUGA